CCCUCCAGUUUCAGUUCGGUGGUGGUGUGCAAUGCCAGGAGCGGUUCCCCCGGUCCAGGUACCUCCCUGAUACUGAUAACGAGUGGAGAGUGUCUCAUGGUGUGUGUGCGCGUGUGUGGGUGUGGGUGUACUCUGUGAGUGGUGCCCCCGUCUCCCUGGGUGGAAGCCAGGGGUCGAACGAUGGCUUCAGCCCUCUGCAGGAUCGUCAUCCCUCUGUUCAUCAGCCUGGUGUCCUCCAACGACCUGGACAAGACGCAGUUCGAGGCGGCAUUUCAAGGUCGAUGUGGGAGAGACAGCCCGUGCGAACAGCUGUGCUACGAGCUACACGAUGGCAUGUUCGAGUGCGAUUGCAAAGAGGGCUUUCUCCUCAGCAAAAACGGCUACGGCUGCAUAGAACUAAACACAACGAUGGAGCCGAUGCUCCAUGAGGAGUUAGACCAGGAUAUCGGCGAGGAUAUCCUCUACCAGAAGGACGCUUCCUUCUCUGCUGAACUGGAGAUUGGCACAGAGACUGAGGAGCCGGAGUCCUCCACUGUCCUGUCCUCCACCGGGACCUCCACCACCAUCCAAGCCGUCCAGUUCCUGACCACUCCUGGAACCCAGGAUCCGGCCGCGACUUCCAGGGAACCGGAGCCUCCCUCGACCGGUAGUCCGUGUCUGCUGGACUGCUCGGCGGGCGGCCAGUGCACCCUGGAGGGCGGAGUCCAUCGCUGCCAGUGUCCGCUGGGUCGGACUGGGCAGACGUGUGACACAGAGACUGAAGUCAGAUCGCCGCGGUUCUCGGGCCAGGGCUGGCUGGCGUUUCCUGCACUCAGAGCCGCCUACAAGCACGUCCAGCUGCAGCUAGAGUUCAGACCCGAGAGUUGGGACGGCAUCCUCUUCCUGACUGGGGAGCGAGACGAUCUGGCCGGGGACUUCAUGGUGCUCUUCCUCUACCAAGGAUUCGUCGAAUUCAGGUUCGACUGUGGGUCGGGUGUGGGGGUGGUGAGAUCAGAGGACAACGUGCUGCUGAACCAGUGGAACAAGUUGACCCUCUACAGACAUCGCUGGGACGCUUGGAUACAGCUGAACGGCGGCAAGAGAGUCCAAGGAAGAUCAAAGGGCCUAUUCUCACGUAUCACGUUCAGAGAGCCUGUCUUUAUCGGGGGCCGCGGUAACACGUCGGGCAUCACGGAGAAACUACCGACGGAGAGAGGGUUCCGAGGCUGCGUCCGUCACCUGGAGAUCAACGACCUUAUCUACAACUUCGCCCUGGCUCCAGUGGGAGACGCCGUCAAGGGGUUCGACAUAGAGGAGUGCGUGGCGGACCGCUGUAGUAAGGUACCUUGUCAACACGGCGGGAAGUGUCUAACUUCUGGGGAAACUGCUGUUUGUCUGUGUCCUCUGGGGUUCACCGGAGACCUGUGCGAGACUCGGCUGGAUCUACAGGUGCCUUCGUUCAACGGUUCCAGUUACCUGCGUUAUCCAGGGUUGGGUGGUUCGGCGCUCUCAUGGCUGGACCUGCUGUUGGUGUUCAAGCCUAGUGCAAAGGAUGGAGUCAUCCUGUACAACGGUCACCGGUCAGACGGUGUGGGAGAUUUCGUGUCGGUCUACAUGAGUGAAGGUCACCUAGAGUUCACCUUUGACCUAGGAACUGGAGCUGCAACUUUGAGGAGUGAAGACGCUGUGAGCCUUGGCCAAUGGCAUGAGGUCAGGAUCUCCAGGACAGGAAGGCUAGCGGUCCUGCAGGUCGAUAAGAAGCCACCCAGCCAGAUCCUGGCCCCAGGAGCUUUUACUCAACUCUCUCUACCUCUCAACCUGUACAUUGGAGGUGUACCAAACUUUGACAUGGUGUCUCCCAAGGUUAAGGUUAGGACUUCCUUCGUCGGAUGCAUUCAAAAGGUGGUGAUCAACAACCAGCCACUGCGCAUCCUGGCCGAGGCGCUGGCGGGGGUGAACGUUGACAACUGCCCCCACCCCUGCGUAGCGCGCCCGUGCGGAGAGCAUGCGCACUGUGUCCCCCACCACGAGGCGUACAAAUGUCAGUGUGAGCGUCACUGCCAGGAUAUCAACGCUAUCACUACUUCCUCGACCGCCUCAUUCACAGGAACUACUUUCUUGCACUACACUGACCCCGAUAUUCUUCACAGGAUCGUGAGCGAUAGAGUGAGUAUCAGUAUGAAGUUCCGGACUAGCGCCAGUUCCGGACUACUGCUAUGGAGCGGCGGCCCUGAGCAGACCCGUGGGGUCACGGACUUCUUGGCCCUCGGCAUCAAGGAUGGCUUCCUGCACAUGAGGUAUAACCUGGGCAGUGGCGAGGCUCUCAUGACCCUCAACAACUCCAGGGUGGACGACGGGCACUGGCAUCGCCUCAAGGCUACGAGGAACGGACAAGAAGGAUGGUUAUCAGUAGACAACAGCGACACUAUGUACAUCAGAUCGCCUGGGAAGUUAAAACAACUGAACACAUACACAGGGCUUUACGUUGGUGGUGUGGAAGAUCUGGAGGUGACAACUCACCACAAGUACCACCGAGGGAUCAAGGGCUGCAUAUCGGACCUCAUCCUCGACUCUGACUAUCACGUGAAGCUGUCGUGGUCUUCUGAAGCCACAGACCACUGCGGAUAUACCUAAGUGCCCGUCUGUAGCAGACGAUAAGACUUGUCUCUCGCACCUUGUACAGGACUGAGGCUAGUUUAGAGCUGGAUAGAACUACUGUACUACCGGUCGUGCAGGUGGUGAUCCGGACCGCUUCAACUUUAUAUAGUGACUUGUUUAGUUUCCUCGAGUCGGCACCUAGACGCUGUCACCACAUGCACGGCCUCCUUCGUGUGUAUGCUUCACUUCAUCAUCUGCCGGCCUCCUUUCAUUCAUUCUUCGAACAGAUUAUGUCCUAUUUUUAGUGAAAUGCACCGAUAUUGUUGUUCCCUGUAAGUCUCACCGAACUGCCAUCUUUAGCAUUCAAUUUUAUAACGACUGAAAGAGCACUUGACAAAGACGUGUUUGAGGAUCCCGUAUACUGAAAGUGGUUGUGAAAGAUAGCUAGUUAAGAAUUACGGUCAUGAACUCUAGCCCUUGUCCGAUUAGUAAGUUUUGCGAUCCUGAGAUUCCCAGUUGAAAGUUUUGUAAAUCCGAUCAUCACGAAUGUGAAGAGUAACUAAACGCCCUGUAUAGCUAUUUCUUGACGGUAUUUUUGUACAAAUAAACAUAAUAAUUAGGGUCGAGUCUAUAAGUGAUAGUUUUAGCUUUCCGAGAACUUGAAACCUAAAAUGGACACCCGUUUGUAGUAUACUGUAGGAUCCUUAACAGUUAGGGAGGAUCUGUGUUGACAAUGUCUAAAGGUAUGUAUGGAUGUGAGAUCAGUUGAUGUGUACUUAGUUAAAUGGACAUGGACAUGACCUUGUUUUGACGCCGAGUCGACUUGGGAACAAAGCAUAAAUGAUUUACAUACACGAUUUGUUAUGCUGCAAAUGGUUUUCACUAAAACAAAAUGCAAUAAGACGACAUAUGAAAUGAAAUUAACUGUUAAUAUAUCAACUCGCAAUAGUCUACCUUAUCUAGAAUAACCUAUCACCGAAAACGUAUCAUAUAUGGCUGACUUUUGUAAAUAAAAUUUAUAUUUUCACAUCAUUCAAAAUUCUAUUUUUCUAUGUCCUCAGUGUUACUUCUAAGUUUUUCAAUUAAAGACAAAUAUUUGUUUUCAUUGUGUUAAAAAAAAUGUUUUGAGGAAGACUAAGGACCAAAUAGUGGUGCAAAAGCUUUUAUCGCAAUUGUAUACCUGUUAUUUUCUUGGUGUUUUUUCAUACCAAGGUCAAAUAUAAGUGCGAAAAAUGAAAUACCUAUAGUUAAUUACAGUUCCUAUUAUUGAAUAUCGCCACAUGUUUUAUGUAACACAAUAACUUGUAUGAGAAAUUUUAAACAAUACAUUAUAAUUACCGUAUACACUGGGGAUAUAGAAAGAAAUCGAUGUCAUUUACCUACCUAGCCACCCCCACCCCCACCCAGACAGCACAGACAUAUCAUCGUGUACAGUGUUCACGUAGUAUUAGUUUUAUAUGUCAUUUGUGUAUAAGCUGAGAUAGACUUUCUGUACAGACUGUAUAUACACUUGUCGAUGGUCCACCCAGCACCUUGCCCUUUCAUUGUCAUUGUUUUUAUUGGUCACUAAUAAAAUAUCCAAAACGAG